UCCGGACUCUCUGCCUAUCUAGGAAUACGGCGCCAUUCGCUUACGCGCGCCGAAAAGCAGGGGCAUUGAACUGAGCCUCAUUUUGUACACGUAUGUUUACAUUAUUUAGUUCUGAUAUUGCCUGGGUCUAUUCCAACGUCAGCACUUAUAUAACACGGCUUAUCGGAGUCUUUCUGCAUUUGUUAUAUUACCUACGUAUAUACUCAUCCUGUAUGUAUGCUAUCGCUCAUAAAGUCGUGAAUAAUGUCUUCGGUUGCCGUUUCCAGCGAUCUGCUGAGCGCCUUUAAGUUCGGUACGGGGAACUGGGAUCCGGAGCACCGCUUCGAGACGUCGUGGCUGUUCCCGCCGUAUGUGCUGUUCGGUCUGCGGCUGUUGAUGUCCCUCUACGCCUUCAUAACAUUGCUCUUCAACAUCGGAUACAUAUGCGCCCACACCGAGUUAGGCGGCUGUGAGGCCUCGCGCGCCGAGUUCUCGUUCUUCACGGUACUCACGUACUGGGGCCUCGCCUUCUACAUGCUCAUAGCAUCAGUUCACACAUUCACCUACGCGCGGUACUCCAACCCCCUUCUUGCCCGCUUCCCGCGGCCAUUGCAGGUCCUGCACGCUCUGUUCUACAGCACCGUAACGACAUUUCCCUUCCUAGUAACCAUCGUGUACUGGGGCGUGCUGUACAGCUACGGAUCCGCCUGGUUCCCUACCGUCUACGGCGCCUGGUCCAACAUCAGCCAACACGCGAUGAACAGCCUCUUCGCGCUCUUCGAGAUCUUCCUCACGCGCGUGAACCCUCAGCCCUGGAUGCAUGCGCUCUGGCUCAUUGUCAUUAUGGCGCUAUACCUGGCCCUGGCGUAUCUGACGAAAGCUACCAAGGGCUUUUACGUCUACCCCUUUCUCGACCCGGGGAAGACCGGAUCCCUGGUUGCUGCGUACAUCUUCGGGAUCGGCGCUGCUACGCUUGUGAUCUUUGCUAUUGUGAAGAGCGUUGUUUGGAUGCGUCGCUGGCUUACAGAGGAGAAGCUGGGGCAGCAUGGCAAGUUUGCUGACUUCCCGCCUAGGAAUAUUCAGGAGGUCGAGCUGGGUGAUAUUCACGGGGCUGGAAUUAAGUAGUCCGGAUGCUGAAGUACUGGCUACUUGUUGAUUAUCUAUUAUGCGAUAGUACGAUAGGCUAAAUAUGUGUUUUAUUUUUUGAGUGAGCAUCCCAGCGAUUAAAUAUAUCUAGGUUAGGGCCAAAAAGUCUUGCACAUUUGAACUUUAGCAAAGC